AUGGAUAAUGGAAAUGAGAAGGAUGAAAGGGAAACAGUUAAAGAGGGUGAAAUGGUGAAGAAGAUAACAAUAACGUUAGUGUGUGGUAAUGGGAAGGGUUCAAGAAGAGGGUCAUCAUCAUCUUCUUCUAGUUUUUGUCAGGCAGAUGAAUGUGGUGUGAACUUGAACAUGGCCAAGAGUUACAACCGCCGUCACAAGGUUUGUGACAGACAUUCUAAGGCUCCUGUUGUUUUACUUUCUGGCAUUCGUCAAAGGUUCUGCCAACAAUGUAGCAAGUUCCAUGAACUUGCAGAAUUUGAUGAUACGAAAAGAAGUUGCAGGAAAACAUUGGCUGAGCAUAAUGAACGAAGAAGAAAAAGUCGCACAGACAUGUCCUUAGGAGACAAAGCUGCUCAUGUUUCUAAAUCUGAUGAUCUAGAAUCCAAAAUUUCAAAUGAAGAGUACCAAGAAUUUUUGAGGUACAAGUCUGGAAAAUCUUCUAAUCCUGGCCAAUUCUCCUCCAUGUCCAAUGUGUCAACUGCCUGCAUAUCUCAAUCUGUGGAAGGUCACAGUCCAUAG